CAAAAAUAAAAAAUAUAAAAAUAAAAAAACCGCUUGGGCCAGUGUACCACCCACACGCUCAAAGGAAGCUCACAAACCAGCAGCCUGGCCGGCCCAUUUGGAUUGUCUCCUUGCGUGUCCAACCAAGCCGCCGAUAGCCGCCGCACCCAACGCAACCCAGAUUGGAUUUCGAGAGGGAGAGGUUGAUGGCGGACGGUGACCUGAGGAGGAGGAGGAUCUCGCAGCGGUUGAUCAAGUUGAAGGAAGCGAGGAGCGAGUCGGAGGCGUCUCGGAUGAUCAAGCUCAAGAAGGAGUGGCGUGCUCUCUUGGAUCGCCAGAGGGCUCGCGUGGAGGCCGACAGUAAGGUCAUAGACGCGGAAUUCAGGGCCCUGGCGGAGGAAGCCAAGGCCCGAUCGGCUCAGGCUCUGCCGCCGCCGUGCGAUCCGCUGUCCGCUGCGCCUCCUUCGCCGCCGCCUUUCGAUCCGCUGUCGGCUGCGCCUCCUCCGCCGCCGCCGUGCGAUCCUUUCCCGCCCCUGUCGGCUCCUCCCCCGCGGGCUCGGCUGGCCGGGAAGAAGACGAAGAAGAAGUUUCUCAAGUGGAAGGUGCCGCAGGAGCGCAUCGAUCACAUGAUACUGAAUCUACGCGACCCCUUAAAUGAUCGCUACCCUUUGGAGAGGUUGCGCAAGCGUGAUCAGAGAUUCCGUGAAUUAUUUGCCGAACGUAGGGCUCUUGGUCAGAAGAAGUUCGAGUACAUGCAGGCCAUCAUCAAGCAGUUCCGUAAAAAGGGAUAUGCAGAGGACUAUUCCGAGACCGAGACGGAGGACGAUGGCGAGGAGGUUGAGGUGGUCGAUUACGAGGAGAACAAAACUGGAAGCAAAGGCACUGCAGCACCUUAGACAAAUUGCUCAAGAAACAAGUGGGGACGUAGUUUACGCUUUGGGAAGGCAACCUGCAGUCCUAAGGACCUAUAGUCAAAGGCUGAGCAGGUAAAUUUUUAUCGAACUUUCAUCCCAACUCUCAUGUAAAACUUGUUGUCCAGUUAAAAACAUCGAAUUUGGUAUGCUUCUGUUUGGGGUUUUAAUGAUGCCAUUAGCGGUUUCAAUGAUGAUGGCUGGUCUAUAAUGGGGGAAAUGGAAUUGAAAACGUUGUAGUUGCUUGCAACUCAACUAAGAAAAUUAGGAAUAGCAGCAGCAUGGGGAUUACAUUUGGAGCCCCUGGAGGCAUUAUUUGUGCUAAGGCGUCCAUGUUACUGCAGGUAAGGGUGAUCAGUAUGUUGCAAGUUGCCUUCAGUAUGUGUACGGCUUUCAUAUUUAGAAACAAACGGGAAAAUGGCAAAUGGAUUGCUGAGGUCUGACUCUGUAAAAUGUUAACUUUAAGAUUGUACUACUUGAUUUGAACUUGAAUGAAUAGAUUCCUGGCUGUGCACCUCAUAACUGUUAAUCUAUGUAUAUGAGAAGAUGCUAUAAUUGUUUCUAUCCUUUGGAUUUUGACUUAA